AUGUACCCUCUCUACCCCCAGUCUCCUUUCGAUUCACCACCCCCAUAUCACUACCCGUAUGCAUUCCCGCAGCAGAAAGAAGACUCCUCAUUCAUAAAGUCCAGAUUAUCAGAGAGCCCCGUUUCUGCAUACCACUCUUCUGAUACCUCGUCCGUCGAGCACCCAUCCCGUGACAAUUCACAUAGAGCAGCUUCUCGCUUCACAAUCGCACACCCAUACGCACGCCUUUACGCAAAAAAGGAUGGUUCCAAGCGACGAAAAAUAUGGAACCAUGUCCUCGAGAAGCAACUCUUCUCUCCUCAGGAGCUGUCAACUAUGGGCGCACCUCACAGACGUACCAUCUACAUUGCCUCUCUCGAGGCGCACAUCGAUCGGCUCCAUAACCAACUACUCGGAAUUGGCCUUUACCCCAUCCCAUUCGAGCGCCUCGAACCAUACCGGGGUCUCAAUUCAAAGACAGCAAAGAGUAUGGUAGCGGGCUUGCAGCAUGAUGCCACCCAUACAAAACUCAAAUUGCUAGAGCUAGAACGUUCGGUA